GCCCCGCAACUGCGCCGUCGGCGGCGGCGGGUCCCGCCCGGGGAGGCGGUGGCGGGGGAAAGGGGAGGAGAGGCAGUAGAGUGCAUUGCCUUCCAGAGGAAUCAAACCAAAGGAGAGAAGAACGUGCGGAGGAAGAGAAGGAAGGACGGGCCGGGCUGGGGAGGGUCUCGGUCCCAGUCCCGCCCGCCUCGGAGCUCCCGCGUCGCCUCCGCGUUGGGACCGCGGGCAGAGUCUCUUGGAGCGGCUACCACCCACCCUCCGGCUCCGCGCCCAUGUGCUCCCGGCAGCCGCGGCGGGCAGUCCCCGUCACUGGCGUCUCAGGACCUUUGUCUUCAUGAUGGGAGGAAACAUUCCCCUGGCUGUUAGGAUCCGUGCUUCUUCCAGUGCGAGGAUUUUUCAAGGCUGAGAGACUCUGGAUUAUCCAUAGAAUCCUCUAAAACACACAGCUGCUUUUCCAUCUCCACAUUGCGAGGGAUCUUGGAGCAGAUACAAAAAUGGCCUCCAGCCUCACCUGCACCGGUGUGGUCUGGGCCCUUCUCUCCUUCCUCUGUGCUGCCACCUCCUGUGUGGGUUUCUUCAUGCCCUACUGGCUCUUGGGCUCUCAGCUGGAGAAGUCGGUUUCCUUUGGCACUUUCCGGAGGUGUUCUUACCCAGUGCGGGAUGAGAGCCGCCAGACGACCGUGAUGGUGGAGCAGUGUGGCCGCUAUGCCUCCUUCCAGGCCAUCCCCAGUGCCGAGUGGAGGAUCUGCACGGUGGUGACAGGCCUGGGCUGCGGGCUGCUCCUCUUGGUGGCCCUGACAGCGCUCAUGGGCUGCUGUGUGUCCGAGCUUAUUUCCAGGACCGUGGGCAGGGUGGCAGGAGGCAUCCAGUUCCUGGGGGGUUUGUUGAUCGGCUCUGGUUGUGCCCUCUAUCCUCUUGGCUGGGACAGUGAAGAAGUCAGACAAACCUGUGGUAACCUUUCCAGCCAGUUUGAAUUGGGGACCUGCCACAUCGGCUGGGCCUACUACUGCACGGGCGGGGGCGCGGCGGCAGCCAUGCUGGUGUGCACCUGGCUGGCCUGCUUCUCGGGCAAGAAGCAGAAGCAAUACCCUUACUGAGAUGACCCCAGGGAGCGGGCACUGCCAGACACCUUCUUGCUGGCAUCUUCUGGAUAACGAAAAGGAACAAAGAAAACUUUGAAGUGCUUCUUCUCUGGAGUGGGUGUGGGGUGGGACAGCGGGUAGUCCCAGGGAGGGCAGGGAGGUGGGUGAAUGGAGGUGCAAAGCUACCAGGCCAGGCUGGACAGGGAGAGGCUUUCUCAGCUAUGCCCACCCACUGCCUGCUCCUCAAAAUUAUUUUUUAAGGAAAAUGCCACUUUGGGAAAUGGUGAAAUCCCACGUGCACCGGUUAAUUGAGAGGUUGAUGAGGGGGUGGGAGUGCCGGGGGGUUGGGGUAGUGCCUGGCAGCCCCUUGGCACAGCACUCCCAAAAGCACACACAGAUGUUGACCAUGGCACAAAAUAAGUAGAGAGGAAACAUUUUUUCAUGCGAUUCUUCUUUCUUUUCCUUUCCUUUUUAUUUUUUACUUCUCUCUAGUGGUUUAAAAUUCAGUGUUGCAACACUUUUUAAUCUAUACGUUGAACUUAAUAAAAGGACCAAUAAGCCACUUUAUCAGUAUUUUGUAUAUCCUCUACACAUUUUUUCUUUCCCAAACAUUUAGCCACUGCUUAUUCAUCCCUAUAUAACUUUUAUUAAGCCUCUGUGUUUUCAGCAUUAUUACAGAAAUGCAACAUAAUUACUUGGCAUAUGUAGCCUUUCCUUAUAGUACUUUUAUUAAGUGCAGUUAAUGGACGUUUUUCUGUCCAUUGGAAAUUCCACUCAUGGUACUGUAGAGCUCUGUUGGUUAUGUACGACUAACAGGAAACUUAUUCCAGACAUAGAUUUCUGUUGCUGUUAUGUUUAGCUCAUUGAUGUUGUAUUGUGCUGUACCAUGUUUACUAUUUCAAUAUUCAUUUUUGUAAAAAAAAAAUAAAUAUAUAUAAUAUGUGCUAUUUUAUGUUUGUAUUUGAAAAAUCACUGUAAAUAAAUUUUCCUUGAUCAAUACUUGCAA